AUGGUGACCCGGUGCCCAGCCUGGGGACACCCUGAGCCGUCCCUCAACUCCCAGUGGCUGAGCCUACUGCUGUUGCCCCUGCUGCUGCCUGGGCCCCCGCCCGCCCUCGGCAUGGAGGACGCCUCGUUCCCCCACCUGGGGGAGAGCUCGCAGCCCCCGCCCCGGGCCUGCCCCCCACGCUGCUCCUGCCCCCGGGCUGACACAGUGGACUGUGCCGGCCUGGACCUUCGAGUGUUCCCGGACAACAUCACCAGGGCAGCUCAACACCUCUCCCUGCAGAACAACCAGCUCCAGGAGCUCCCCUACAACGAGCUGUCACGCCUUAGCGGCUUGCGGACCCUCAAUCUCCACAACAACCUCAUCUCCUCCGAGGGCCUGCCUGACGAGGCCUUUGAGUCCCUCACGCAGCUGCAGCACAUCUACAUGGCCCACAACAAGCUCUCUGUGGCCCCCCAGUUUCUGCCCCGCUCCCUCCGUGUCGCUGAUCUGGCUGCUAACAAAGUGACGGAGAUCUUCCCGCUCACCUUUGGGGAGAAGCCUGCGCUCAGGUCCGUGUACCUCCACAACAACCAGCUGAGCAAUGCGGGCCUGCCGCCCGACGCCUUCCACGGCUCCCAGGCAGUUGUCACCCUCAGUCUCUCCAGCAACCGGCUCAGCUAUGUGCCGCCCAGCCUGCCGUCCUCGCUGGAGCUGCUCCACCUGCAGAACAACCUCAUCUCCAAGGUGCCCCGAGGAGCCCUGAGUCGCCAGACCCACCUCCGGGAGCUCUACCUUCAGCACAACCAGCUGACGGACAGCGGCCUGCACGCCACCACGUUCAGCAAGCUGCACGGCCUCGAGUACCUGGACCUGUCCCACAACCAGCUGGCCGCGGUGCCCGCCGGCCUGCCGCACACCCUGGCCGUGCUGCACCUGGGCCGCAACCGCAUCCGCUGGGUGGAGGCUGCCCGGCUGCGCGGCCUGCGAGGGCUGCGCUACCUGCUGCUGCAGCACAAUCAGCUGGGGGCGGCGGGGCUGCCGGCCGGGGCACUGCGGCCGCUGCGGGGCCUGCACACGCUGCAUCUCUACGGCAACGGGUUGGACCGCGUGCCCCAGGCGCUGCCCCGCCGCCUGCGGGCCCUGGUGCUGCCCCACAACCGCGUGACCACGCUGGGUGCCCGCGAUCUGGCCGCCACGCCCGGCCUGGCUGAGCUCAACCUGGCCUAUAACCGCCUGGCCAGUGCCUGCGUGCACCGCCGGGCCUUCCGCCGGCUGCGGGCCCUGCGCAGCCUCGAUCUGGCCGGCAACCAGCUGACCCUGCUGCCCUCUGGCCUGCCCGCCAGCCUGCGCACCCUGCGGCUGCAGCGAAACCAGCUGCGGGCCCUCGAGCCUGAGCCGCUGGCCGGCCUGGACCAGCUUCAGGAGCUCUGCCUGGCGCAUAACCGGCUGCGUGUGGGUGACAUCGGGCCUGGCACCUGGCAUGAGCUGCAGGCCCUCCAGGUGCUGGACCUCAGCCACAACGAGCUGUCCUUCGUGCCCCCCGACCUGCCUGAGGCCCUCGAGGAGCUGCACCUGCAGGGCAACCGCAUCAGCCACGUGGGCCCCGAAGCCUUCCUCAGCACGCCCCGCCUACGUGCCCUCUUCCUCAGGGCCAACAGGCUUCACGUGACCAGCAUAGCGCCCGAGGCCUUCCUGGGCCUCCCGCACCUUCGCGUGGUGGACACAACGGGUAACCCUGAGCCAGUCCUGGUGCAGCUGCCACCCACAGCCCCACGUCGGCCACGGGCAGAGGGCCCCUGA